GAGGUCAGUUUGCGAGUGACGUGUUCAUAUCAUCGAAGCACUUCUGAUUAGUAUUAUGCAAAUGAUGAUGGUAAUAUUUGUAUAGACGUAUCAACUCAUUAUUUCCAUGUUUCACCGCUUCAAACUGGGAUGAAUGCGACUUGAUUUUUUGCAGUGCUUUUUUAUUUCACCCUAUUUUAGUGCUUCUACACGGAAUAAGAGGGCAACGAAUGCAAAUAUAUUCCUAGUUUAAGUAGUUGAUUUUGUGUGAACUCGCAAUAUUCGUUUUCUCUAAGACUAUUGUUAUGUUAAUGUAUGAGCUGAUUAUGACAUUUAGAAUCUUUCAAAAGUGAAAAAAUCUCCACAACGAUCAAUUGAACGCAAGGAAGUGAUAAGCGGGUUUCGUGUUGACGCUCAGGCUGGUAACAGCCUAAAUAUAGAUGUGAUCGGAUAACAUAAAACCCUUUUCGGGGCGACCACAUUUCGAGGAAUCGACAGUUAAGAAAUCGUGUUGCCUCUUGCAUCUGAUCAUUUGAAAAGAGAUUUCGUUCAUGGAACGUGCCAACAUUCGUCUGAUAGCCCUAGUGAUCGUGUAUAUAUUCUACCUGUCUGUGGGAGCUGCCAUUUUCUCGUCGAUCGAGGGACCUUACGAGCAACGCAUUCUGUCAGAUCUGAGACGAAAAAGAGAUGAUUUUCUUGCGAAACAUCCUUGUGUUACUGACAAAGAACUUGAAAACUUUGUGAAGCAUGUUGUGGCGGCUCAAGACAUGGGAAUACCGCCACUCGGUAACGCAAGCGAUAAAAGGAGUUGGGGAUUUGGUAGUUCGUUCUUCUUUGCCGGUACUGUCGUAACCACAAUUGGAUACGGGAACAUUGCCCCUUUGUCGGAUGGUGGAAAGGUAUUUUGUAUGGUGUUCGCAGUGUUUGGUAUUCCCAUGACAGCUAUCAUGUUGACAGCCAUAGUAGAACGACUCCUUCAGUUAACCGAAGUAUUGGAAAAGUUUCUGUGCAGUACUUGUACCGUACGUGGUGUUCCAACCGCUUAUUUGCGCUUCCUUCAUUUAUCACUGAUCAUGUGCGGCGCUAUCACACUAGUCAUGAUAAUUCCAGCCUUCUUUUUCAUGUUCCUCGAAGACUGGAGCUACUUUGAAGCGUUGUAUUUCUGUUUUAUUUCCUUAACUACCAUAGGACUUGGAGACUUUGUUCCUGGCGAUGACCCGAAGUGGCGGAGGAGUGAAUACCGCUCACUUUAUAAAGUCUGCUGUGUGUUUUUCUUCAUCACUGGACUCACAUUCUUGCUCCUCAUAUUAGAGCUUUGCGCCAAAAUUCCGGACGACCAUCCCGGUAUGCUUUUCUCUUGUCACAAACCAUUCCUCCAGGAGGACGAGGAGGACAUUUCGACUUCAGCAAUCAAAUUGCGUCCGCGAUAUUCGAUAUCGAGUAGCGGAAGUUCACCGUCAUCGCCUGACAGGCAAAGACUAUCCAGAAACUCUUAUGAGAGAAUAUCCGGCCGAGACAAGGAAUCUAGAUGACGUAAAAAAGCUAAUGAAAUACUAAUGGCACAUACUUUUGGCUAAGCCGGCCCAAAAUGGAAGCUCUUAAAAUUCAAUGCGGUGAAACUUCACUAAAUAGC